CCGCACCACGUGCAGCAGCGGCAGCGCCCCCGGACCCGGAGCCGGCGCUGGGCCGCCGGGCGGGAGCUCCUCCGAGGGGCUGCUGGACCCCUUCUACCCCCGCACCCAGGGGGCAAUGCUGAAAGUGGCGCAGAUGGAGCGUGAACAGUGCCACAUUCCCUGACUAAAAGCCCCUGGUGCUGGGCCCAGAAGCGGGCAUUUGACUUCUGCUUCUGGGAAUGAUGCUGAACAUGCCUGUUUCGCUGUCUCAGCAUCUCUCAGGGCUUCAAAGAGUGCUCCUCUCCGGUCUCUGGAUUUCCUUCCCUGUGCUGACACCCCUUCCCAAGGUCUCGCUGCUGAUCGCCUUCAUCUGCGUGAGGAGCUCUGUGUGGACCAGCUACAGUGCCUACAGCUACUUUGAAGUGGUCACCGUCUGCAACCUGAUAAUGAUCCUCGCCUUCUACCUGGUCCACCUCUUCCGCCUCUACCGCGCGCUCACCUGCAUCAGCUGGCCCCUGUCGGAACUCCUGCACUAUUUAAUUGGUACCCUGCUCCUCCUCAUCGCGUCCAUCGUGGCGGCCUCCAGAAGUUACAGCCAUAGCGGACUGGUGGCUGGAGCGGUGAGGACACUCCCGGGGAGGCUUCAGGAGCGAAUUCUUGUUCCCAGUGCUCAUUUUCUCCUCAUGGGGCAGCAAAGGGCUUGUUCUCCAGGGUCUGUCUUUCUCAGAAUCAGUACCCACCUUGAUCGACCAGCAGCAGUUUCCAAAGAGCCUUGAACCGAGGGUGUCAGCAGGUGGGUCAGCAGGGCUGUUGGUAAACUAAAAUGGCCCCGCGGUCCAGGCCUCUCUCACGGCCACUGCUAAAAUCGAGGGGCAGGUAGGUUUGAAUGGCUGCCUCAGCCCUGCGCAGAGAAAGGUUCUGAGGCCGCUUCUGGGCCCAUGGGAGCAGCGCUGUCCUCAGCUUGUGGUACCUGCCGUGAGUCCCAACUGUGCCCUUGCUGACUUUUAACUGUAUCGAGGCCAGGAAAUGACACUUCUGUACCUCUUGGAGGUGAAAACUGAUUCAUCUGCUAGCCCGGAGAGAAGCAGCAUGAAAGUGCACGAAAACACAGUGCUGUGGGGGCGCCCUCUGCUUACCGCGCAAGCGCUCGCAGAUACACAGAAGCAUCUGUACGUUAUUUUUUAGAUUUGUAGGUUCCUGUCAUGCGAUUUCUGAUUUAGCUAAUUGUGUUUGCAGUUUGGUAGCCUGUGGGCCAGAACUGAUUUGCCUCACUGAUGAGCAGGCAAAAUUUUAAAAAUGAGUUUUAAGAAAUGGUCUCUUUGUGAGUCACUCCUGACCACAUGGUACCAAAAUUCUCUUGACUUUGGGCUGAGAGUGGGUUAGUGCAUGGAGGGGGGCAGUGUGGAGGGGCAGCCUAACCUCUGGCCACUCAUGCCCCUUAACGGCCUCCCCCCAGCCCCCGUCCCAUCCCACCCUGGGCAGUCACCGGGAGGAGGGAUGCUUGGCACCUGUAGGGUACCAUGCGCCCCCUGCAGGCCGGCUCCGGGAAGUGGAGAGAGGUUUCAGGACCGCGUGGGGAGAUUCCCAGUGGCCUUUAUGAUUCACAUUGCACGUAAUGGUGUUAGCCCUGGAAUGCCAGCAAAUCUCGUUUGUCACACAGCAUCUCUGUGUCCUGGACCAAGUCUGGGCUGGGGGAGCCAGAGGGAAUAGAAAGAGAAGCCCCUGGCUCAUGAUAAAGUGCCGACCUAGCUUAGGAGUCGAGGCCAAGGCACAUGAAGCAGUGAACCACCAGGGCACUGGCGUCCCAGACAGCGCUGUGCAGCCCUGUGAUAAACUGCUCAGCCAUGCAGCGCAGACAGCUGGACCCCGGGAUGGCCUACAAUGUGCUGACUGUGCAGGACAGACAAUGAGAGGCUGGGACGGGCUCUAACUAGCUGAUUACGUGGUGCAGACAAUUGGUGCAGUAGGAGCCAAGGCAGUGGCCAAGGCGGAGCUGCAUGUGAAAACCCCACAGCCAGGCUUGAGAAGAAAACCAACCUUGGAAAAUCCUGCCUUGUCCUGGCUGCUCCCGGUCUGCCGGACAGGGAGGGGCUCCUGGCUGUGCACCUGGCGAGUCUGACAACACGUGGGCAGCACGGAGUGGAGGUGGACUCAGACUCCGGAGUCACCCUCGCUGGCGCUGUGGCCUCAGGCUAUGCAGCUGACCUCCUGUCCCUCAUUUCUUCUGCUGUAAAAGGGGAGGGGGGCUCACAGCGCCCACCCGGCAGAGCUGUGAGGGUGAACGGGAGGGCAGCUUAGAACACUGCCUGGUGCGGACACGGUCAGGCCUCAGGACCUCGCAGCAGCUGUGGCUGCUAAUGACGCGUCAGGAAAGGCUGCCGAGGUCCCGGUGAGACACCAGAGUCCAUGUCUGCUGCUCAUCAUUUGAUGAGCCUCCCGGGAGGCCCUCUUUCUCGCCUACAGAGGAUGAGGCUGCGCUGGACUCGGUCCUCACAGCCUAGAGAGGAAAGGCGUGCCGCCUGAGCUCGCUCAGUCCAGUAUUACCCAACUAGGUGCAAACCUAAUACCCGCUCCCGAGGCCCAGCUCCUGGCUCUGAUACAGCUGUGCAGCCCUUGUGGAUGAAGUGCAGACAGGGCAGCCACGCCAAGGGAAUGUUAAAAUGUUAAGACCCCAAAAAUAAAAUGUACAGUUCCUCCUUUUUCUUUCCUGUUUGCCCAGGAUAAAGUCCAGGGCCUUGGCCCCAG